UCGGCAUUUUGCUGGCCGGCCGAUCCACCACGCCGUCAGCGUCAAGAACCUCGGUGUGGCCUUCGGGAUGCUCCAAGGAAGCAUUCUUCCUAGGGACGCCCGGGCUGUCACCGGCUUGACCGAGGACAUUACGGCCGAGAUAGCUCAGGCCCUCUUCAAUGCUGGAGCUCGGGCAUUGGCUAUCAAUGACCGAUGCAAGAAGCAGGAAGAGGAGAACGACAAGCUUGCUCGGGAGCUGGCUCGGAAGGAGGAAGACCUCAAGCUGGCUCGGGAGACUUGCGAUCUUUACCUGGCGGAUUUCCAGAGAUGCGACAGGGAGAGAGUGGAGGCAGAGGCCAGAGCCGCCAAGGCCGAGGAGGAUGCCAAUACACUGCGAGUCACCCGGGCCGCAGAGGUUGACUUUGCGAGGAAGAGGGGCUACGAUGAAGGUUGGGAUGCAGCCAGAGUAGAAUACAAGAAACAGGUUCGGGAAAUUGAGGCUGAGCUGCACCGGGACCGUUUCUUGGAUGGCCUUCGGUAUGGCCAUGAAGCUUUGGUGACGAAGCUGAACCUCCCUGAAGGUUCUGACCUCCGCACACUUCCUGAGGCGCCUCCCGAGGAGCUUUUCCUUCCUGAGGAGGAGGAGGUGGUGGAGCCUACGUCCGAGGGCCAGGGUCUCGGGAAUCAAACCGAUCCAAAUGCCCCUGCGUCCGAGGAUCAGCUCGACCACCUAGCUCAUUCUUAG